CACCCGAAUAUUUGCGUGACACUUCUCUUCCUCGAGAAAUCGGGAUCCGUGUGCCUUUCAAUUACGUGGCACACCGCGGUGUCGGGAAAAUUGCCGACAUGGCGACCUACCAGACCUAUCAGGACUUUAUACAGAAGAACGAAGACCGGGACGGAAUAAGGUUCAGCUGGAACGUGUGGCCGUCGAGCCGGCUGGAGGCUACGCGACUGGUGAUUCCCCUCGGCUGCCUGUUCACGCCGCUCAAAGAGCGGCCGGACCUCCCGCCGAUCCAAUAUGACCCCGUCCAGUGCACCCGGCAAACGUGCCGGGCCAUCCUCAACCCUCUGUGCCAGGUGGACUACCGCGCGAAACUGUGGGUGUGCAACUUUUGCUUCCAGAGGAACCCGUUUCCUCCCCAGUACGCAUCCAUCUCGGAGCAGCACCAGCCGGCUGAGCUGAUCCCGCAGUUUUCGACCAUCGAGUACACCAUCAUGCGGGCCGCCUGCGUGCCGCCGAUAUUCCUGUUCGUCGUGGACACCUGCAUCGACGACGACGAGCUGACGGCGCUCAAGGAGUCGCUGCAAAUGUCCCUGUCACUGCUUCCGGCCAACGCUCUCAUCGGGCUCAUUACUUUCGGCAAGAUGGUUCAGGUUCACGAACUCGGAAGCGACGGGUGCGCCAAGAGCUACGUGUUCCGAGGAACCAAGGACUUGACGGCCAAGCAGAUCCAGGACAUGCUGGGUGUAGGCAAGUUCGGCCAGCAAGCGCAGGGCGUUGCGCCGCAGCAGCCUCGCAUGCCUCAGCACCCUCAACAGCCGCAGCACCCACAGCCCAUUCCGCCCGCGAGCCGCUUCCUGCAGCCGGUGCACAAGUGCGACAUGAACAUGUCCGACCUCUUGGACAGCCUGCAGCGCGAUCCUUGGCCCGUGUCGCAGGGCAAGCGCCCGCUUCGGUCCACGGGUGUGGCACUCUCCAUAGCCGUCGGGCUGCUAGAGUGCAGCUACCCGAACACGGGCGCGCGUAUCAUGCUUUUCACUGGCGGCCCGUGCACCCAAGGGCCCGGUAUGAUCGUCGGCGACGAGCUCAAGAUUACCAUUCGGUCCCACCACGACAUCUCGAAAGACAACUGCAAACACAUGCGCCGCGCCAUCAAGCACUACGAGGCUCUGGCUCAAAGGGCCUCCGCAAACGGGCACGCUGUUGACAUCUACUCGUGCGCUCUUGACCAGACGGGCCUUCACGAAAUGAAGUUCUGCCCCAACAUGACUGGUGGCCACAUCGUUAUGGGCGACUCUUUCAACUCGUCUCUCUUCAAGCAGACCUUCCAGAGGGUGUUCUCAAAGGACUCGCGGGGAGAAUUUCGCAUGGGCUUCAAUGCACUGCUCGAGGUUAAGGCGUCGCGGGAGUUGAAGAUAAGCGGCGCCAUCGGACCGUGCAUCUCGACCAACGUCAAGAGCUCGAGCGUCUCGGACACAGAAACCGGUCUUGGUGGCACCUGCCAGUGGAAGAUGUGCACACUCAGCCCCAGCACGACCCUAGGCGUAUUCCUCGAGGUAGCGAACCAACACAACGCACCAAUUCCUCAGGGUGGCAGGGGAUGCCUUCAGUUCAUCACGCAGUACCAACACCCGAGUGGUCAGAAGAGGGUUAGAGUAACAACUGUAGCGAGAAACUGGGCUGAUGCGUCAGCCAACCUGCACCACAUUUCUGCCGGUUUUGACCAAGAGGCUGCGGCGGUGCUUAUGGCACGUCUAGCGUGCUUCAGAGCACAAGGAGAGGACGAUGGAGCCGAUGUAUUGCGCUUUAUCGAUCGGACUCUCAUCAAGCUGUGCCAAAAGUUUGGCGAGUAUGCUAAGGACGACCCAAGCUCUUUCCGGUAUGCAGAGAACUUUUCCCUAUACCCGCAGUUUAUGUUUCACCUUCGGAGAUCACAGUUCAUACAGGUAUUCAACAACAGCCCUGAUGAGACCUCAUACUACCGGCACAUGCUAAACCGCGAGGACAUGACCCAAUCGCUGAUCAUGAUCCAGCCCAUCCUGUAUGCGUACUCCUUCAAUGGACCCCCUGAGCCAGUGCUGCUGGACACAAGCAGCAUCCAGCCCGACAGGAUCCUGCUCAUGGACACCUUCUUCCACAUUGUCAUCUUCCACGGCGAAACCAUCGCACAGUGGCGCAAGGCUGGCUACCAGAACUCGCCUGAGCAUGAAAACUUCCGGCAGCUGCUUCAGGCACCCGAAGAUGAUGCACAGGAGAUCCUGCAGACACGCUUCCCAAUGCCCCGAUACAUUGUGUGCGACCAGGGUGGCUCCCAAGCCCGGUUCCUGCUCUCCAAGGUGAACCCAUCAGUGACGCACAACAAUGCCUACAACUGGGGCCAGCAAGAAACCGGUGGUUCCCCUGUGCUCACAGACGAUGUCAGCCUGCAGGUGUUUAUGGAGCACCUCAAGAAGUUGGCAGUUUCCAGCUCUGCCUGAGUGUCGCAUCAGCAAGCUCCUGUCUUCAUCAGAUGCCUUUAAGCAUUGUUCACUUGUUUUGAGAAUAUAUCAAAGACUGUUUUCCAUUUUA